UGUUACUGAUUAGGAUAUUGUUAUCUUCAGAUUCUUAUCUUUAGGAAAACUGUCUCUGGCCAACUGACUCAGAAAGCUUAGCAGUUGUGCGAUGAAAUGAAAAAACCAAAACAAUAACAAUAAUAAUUCCUGAUGGUAACACAAAAGAAGAUAUGAAGAAAGAAAUAGAAAAAGAUGCAAUUAUCCGUAAACGUUGAACAGUAAACAUUACCUGUACACAAAUCAAUCAGUAAUUAUUGUUUUCGUUUUUCUUUUCAUUUCUGAUUUUUACAACGAGAAUGCCUUUGAAAUGGAAGCUUACUACAUGUGGGAACGAGUGCACAUAGCUGAAGAUAUGAGUCGGUCGUGCAGCUCUUGUGAUUGCAUAACAUACUCUUAUUUUUUGAUAUCAGUGUUCCUAUUCACAUUGGGCACGAUCCUGUCCGUUUUCUCGUUCGGUGCGUUCAGCGACACCGUUUUUGCUAACCUGGGUCAUAUGUGGAUGGUCGGUCCGCUGUGCAUCUGUUCCGCCGUUAUGAUUGGCAUCAGAAAUAUGUUGUACUUACGCAGACGUCGAGUCAUUGACAUGGUCAUUCGCCAACAGAUAGCAGUGAGUAAAAUAAAGUUUUUUCCUUUGGUUUGUUUUUGUAUUGACCACAUAUCUAUACAGGACCUCCGGGCUCGACAAGAACAAUUGAUUGAAGCUGAGCACCAGUAUUCGUUGCCAAUCCGUACAGUGAGUGAACUCACUUUGCCUCCGUCUUAUGAACAACUCAUUGGUAGUCAUAACGAGGAAGGAAGUGAUCUACCUCCGCCGUCGUAUGAAGAAGCCAUAGUCAGUAUGUCUAAAGAAGCUACUAAAAGUGAUAACGUCAUUGUACUUAACUACUCUGGUAAAUAAUUAUGUACUUACCCAUUUGUCAAACACAUAAUAUUAUGUGUAUACCAGGAAAAUUUUUAUCGACAAAAUAAGAACCAGACAAAUUUUCUUCCUUUAUGUAUUCAUUUUUUUGAUCAAUAUUACUUGCAUCAUUAGGAUAAAUAAUCUGAUUAGAUUUAAAUCAAAAAGGUAAUUAUGUUGUAAAUAAAGAAUGUACACAUUGCCUUUUGUAGUUGUACUAUUAUUUGUUGGUAAUUUGAAUAGUCCGAUCUAAAGUUUUGUUUUGACUUGUAUAUGACUGGUUAUAUAUAUAUUAAAAUAUAAAUAGAAUAGAUUUUGAAACGGCUAAAUUGUAUUAUUAUGCAAGUAGGUUAGGGCAGAUUUACUUUAAAAUACUAAAAAAAUUUACAACUAAUAAUUUGUUUUAAAAAUCCUUAAAAUUAGCAUUUUAUCAUCAAAAAAGUAGACCAUUUAUUAAUUAAUAAUUAUUUUAUAAAAAGCAAUUAUUUAUAUUAAAUGUAUUAAAGUUAAUUUCUCUGGCCAUUUUUUUAUUUAAGAAAUAGAAUGCAAGAAUAUUUAUUGGAUUUCAAAAAUUAAAUACGUAGGUACUUAAACAUUUCUUAUUUAUUUUUUUUAUCUUUUAUUAAGUAUACUUCUUUAAAUGUAAUUAAUUAUUGGAAAUGGUUCUUAUUUUGCCACUCCUACAAAAUGAUGCUUCCAUGUAAUUCUAUGUUUUAAAAAUGUAUCAACCAUUCUUCCCUGUAGAAAAUGAUCUCAAAUAAACUUCUAUGGAUAAUUAUAAAAUGUAUGGUAUUUAAAAAAAUUCUUUUAAUUAAUUUAUGUUCUUUAUUUACCCAAUGUUUUUUUCAAAUCUAAAAAAAAUCACUGUAAACACAGUCUUAAACUGAUUAACAAUGAAAUAUGUUACAAUAAAUUGUUUUUCUCAUAUAAGUUAUAAUAAUAUUUGCCUAUUUUUCUGUUUUUAUUAUGAAUAAUAAUGCAAACCAGUACGCAAGAGUAAUAUUAUUACUUUGUGUCUAGCUUUUUUCUAGGUUAAAAAUUAACAUCAACCAUGGUUAUGCCAUUAAAAAGUAUUUCUUUUUUUUAUUUUAAACUGAUUUCGAAAAGUUAUGAAUACAAUAUUUUCAAGGUGUUUAGUAAUAUUUUAUUAAUAAGUAAUAAAAUACACGCAUAGAAUAAAUAAAAAAAAAAAAAUAAAUUUCAAUAUAUUGUGGGUAUAAUGGCAAAAAAACUGCAAUAGUUGUAUAUUUACUACGGAUCUUGUAUUAUUUUUUUUGUAUAUUUAAUAUACGUAUACAUACAAUUAUUUUAUCUAUUUCACUCUAUUUUUGUUGUCACAAAUUAAUAUAAAAUAUGACUACCAUUGUAUAAUAAAUACAUUUUAGUUGGCAAUUGUGAUAUAUAUAUAUAUAUUAAUCAUUUUCUUAUAAUACACGCAUAUAGUGUUAUAAAUAAUUUUUUUAAAUAUGUAUUUAUGUAAUAAUAAUAAAAAAAUAUUAACAUGGACAUUUUUGCUUUUGUUUACAAAUUUAAUCCAUUUUCGCCUGUAUUUAAAAUUAAAAUUGAACUCUAAUUUACAAAAUAUAAUUAAAUUGAAAUUAUUCAUAAGAAUUAUAUGAAGGAAUACGGUGGCCAUUAUUGACAGAAAUAGUGUUGUUUCAAGACAAAAUGGCCAAAAUUAAAUUUAUUGGUAUUAUCCAAAUACAAAAAAAAAAAAAAAAAAAAAAAAUUACAUCAAAUCACUAUAAAUGCUUACUCAAUUAUAGUUACUUCUUCUUUAACCAAAAAUUCAACCUUUUCUUCUUCGACAUUCUUACGAUCAGAAUCCAGUUCAUCAGUAUCAAUAUCUGGAAUAAAAUAAAAUGGUCAAUACAAAAUGGCAUUUCUAAUAUUAUAACCAAUGUAUAGACAAAACUGACAAUAAUUCUGUUAUUUUACUUACGGUUUCUUAUAGCCAUUCUUUCAGCCUUCUGUUUAGCCCAAUCAUCUAAACGUUUGCUGCGGUAUUCUUCAAAUUCUUUAAUCAAUUGGCGACGUUUAUCAAUGACUUCCUGUUAAAUAUAAUAAUAAUAAAACAAAUUAAAAAUCAAUUGAUAUUUUUUUACAUUUUUAAAUUAGUUUAAUUUACUUUAGAUGCUUUGGUCAUUCUCAUUUUAUCCUUAGUUUCAAAUUGAGAUGUGUAUUUUUUUAAACUUUUCUUAAUAUCCUUUUGUUGUUUGGCACUCAACAAAGUAGGAGGUCGAGGUCUCCAUUGCAUGUGACAAUAGGUAUUUGUAUUAAAUCUAUUUAAUAUUCUUCCUUGGAAUGACCAUAUCCAAUAGCCAGUAUCUCCCUAUAAAUACAAAAAAAAGUCAUGCGAUAAAUACAUUUGUGCAAAAUAAUUAUCAAACUGACUAUUUUGUAUGCUUUUCUUAUUUCUCCCUAAGCAGCGGGUGUUUUAGGACAAAAUUUAGGAUUUAGUUUUUGGCAUUACUUGAAUAACCAUAAAUGGGCCGCAUAAAACCGCUAAACUGUAUUACAACUGACCCAUAUUUAAGACAAAAAUAGUUUGGCUGUUUUAUGGUUUAAUUAUAGUUCAAUUAAAAUAGAGAUCGGCAAUAAAAUAGGCCAACUCUUAUUUGACUGUUUUACAGUUCCUCGAAUAACCCGAUGUUCAAUGGAAAACUACAUACUUCACUAUAUUAUAUUUAAUAAUAAAAUUGAAGAGUUUGAUUAUUAGUCAUAUUUUUGUUGUGGUUGUAAUCUAUAAUCUGUUAAAAUUAAUAUCAUGUUAUUUUUUUUAUCAUCGUUAUCUAGAUAACUAUUGUUUUAUAGUUAACAAAUGUAUGAUAAACCAAUAAGGUAAAUAAAUUGUGGUGGUUAGCAUAUUAUUUUUAAAUUUUGUUUGUUAAGAAACAAAAAUCACAACGCGAUGUAAAUUCGAUAGUGAUGGGCAACAAUAUCGAUAUAGGGAAUAAUUUGUAGCUAUGAUAAAUAUUAAAUAAUAUCUGACGGUUGAUAACGUUAUAUUAUUAUAUGAGUUAUUAUGUUAUUUGUAAAGUUAGGUAUUAUGGAGUUUCUUAUAGUUCAAAAAUAAUUUUUAUUUAGGUUUGCCUAUAUUAUUGUAUUCAAUAUUAUAUUUUUCUCACUGAUAAAAUAUGUUUGAUAUUUAAACAAGGUAGGUUAGGUACCUAUUAUUAAUAAGUACCUACCUAAAAUAUUUUCGAUAUCAUAUUGAUAUCUAAAAUUAUAUCGUUGAUCAUUACUAGAAUUCUAUAACUUGAAACUGUGCUGAAAACAAGAAACGAACGCUUUUUGUUUAUAGCUGCUGAGAUUUACAAGGCAUUAUGCAAGCUACAGCCUGUAUGGAUAAUCGUGAUAUAUACCUUUGUCUUCCAUGAACUGACACCAGUAGCAACAAAUCUACCAGUUGGAUCCCAUUCUAUAUCAGUAGCUUUAUAAUGUUCUGUAGAACACAUAGUAGUAAAGUCUGCAGUGUCGACAAAUUCUAGAGCACCAGAAUCACGAAUUUCAGCAAUAACAAUAUAUUGUCCGGCAGGUGACCAAAAUAGAUGACUGCAGAAAUGUUUAUCUAAUUUUUCUACAGAAAAAAAAAAACACAUAAUACUUUAUAUCUAAAUAAACAUCACACAAACACAAAUAUCAAAUGAAAGUCAGUGUAUUUGCUCUAUUAUUAUAUAAUGUAUAAGUAAUUGCUGAAAACUGCCAAUGUGUUUUCCUGAAAUGGAAAAUUGACCAGAAACCAAACUCACUUUAUGAGAAAUAAUAGAUAAACAUUAUAAAUAUAAUAGACCUAUAUUUAUUGAAUUAAAAUACUCUUAUGAUAAUAUUGACAGGAAACAGCUUUGAAUAACAUUUGACAAUUUUGGUCUCCAAAGUAAAUUUAAAAGGCAUAACAUUUAUUAAGUAUAAUCACAUUAACACUUAUUAAAUAUACUUCUAGAAAAAAGCCAGUUUGAGGUCUUAAAAAUGGGUCAAGGAAGUAGUUCUUAACGUGAGCAGUAGGUUUUAAGGGGGAGAGGGGUGGGAUGGUAGGCUUUUAAAUGAGGAAUGAUAGAAAAAUAAAAAAACAACAGCGUUAUUAAGGAAAUAGAUUUUUUUAAUAAUAUCAACUUACUUAAUAAAACUGGCGCUUGACCAGAUUUCACAUUAUAGAAGCUGACACUAUUAUUACUUGGUUCACCGUGAAUAAUGGCAAACUUUGAACCAAUUGGUUCCCAAGCAAACGCAUGAAUUGGUUCUUUUAUUUCGACAAUGUCUACGGGUAUAUUUUUCUCUCUCAUAUGGAAUAUUUCAAAAUUGAAAUACAUCCCCUACAAGAGAAAUUGAUUUAAAUGGUAUUAUUUUAAAAGUGCAACACAAAUAAAUAAUUUACUUAAAAUGGAUAAUGUAAAUACUUACACUGUAUUUGACAUCUCCUUUUUCACGUUUAAUUUUUGCAUAUCGGUCAACUUUAACACAUAAGUAGUCACCAACUUUUUGCCAAUGAAUUUUACAGUCUGCUACAUUGAACAAAUUAUUUGCUCUGAUUUCUUUUCGACUAAUUGUAAUCAAUUAUAUACAUUAAUAUAUAAAUAAUUUUUUUAUUGAGGUUUUUCACAAAUUUUAAGCAUAUAAUGUUAAUACCUUACCAUAAAUAAAACUAGAAUAUUGUCGGUGCUAGAAAAGUGAUGACAAUAUCAAUACAUAUUAUUUUACUAACCUGGGAAUUUCUAAAAGAACCACUCGUGCUGGAACAUCUUUAUCUUCAGCGACCCAGUAAGCAAGAACAUUAUCACUAGGGGACCAACUAAAAUCUCUAAUACCAUUAACUGUUAUACUUUUUUUAUCCAGCAAACCAAAAGACUAAAAACAAAUAAAAAUAUAAUUAUUAUGCAGUUUCAAAAUAUGCUAAAUAUCCUUCAAAUACUUACUGGAGUUUCAUAAACACUUAAAGUAUUAAGCCCAAUUCGGGCAAAGUAUUUAUCAUCCUUUGACCACCUUAAUAUUGGUACUGGUCCUGCCAUUGGAGCAUCUGAAAUGAAUGAUCGCUUUUCGGCACCGGUACGAAUAUCAAAUAUGGUCAACUUUUGUUCACCGCUAUCUAAUGGAGCAUAAGCUACUAAGUAUCUAAAUUAAAUAUAAAUAAGAAAAUUAUUUAGAAAAAACAUCAUUUUACUACUAUUUAUUUAUAGACAUCAAAUAACUCACUGUUCACAAGGAGAAAAGUCAACAAAUUGAACAUUGCGAUGGGACAGCUUUAAUACAUUUGUGAAAUUUGGCCCACCCCAAAGGACAACACCUUGUUUGUGAAGUGUUGCCAAGUAUGUUCCUAGAGGUGACCACAUUAUCAACGAUUCAGUCCAUUUCUUGAAAAUAAAAUACAUAUUAUAAUAAUUAUUUAAUGUGUAUUUAAAAAUAAAAAAUAAAGAAGUAAACUCAGUACUUACUUCACGUUCAACUAUUUUAGUUGGUUGUGGAUUACUAUUUAACCAAACUUCAAUAUGACUAUUUACAUUGUAAACAUAAUAUUGAUCGAAUGCAUCAGGUUCCAUCAAAAAGUAUUGUAAAUUAGGUCUUUCUGGAAAUGGUUGUAUCGUAGGAGGUUCCCAUUUAUCAGGUAUGUCAUUGUAUCUGAACAAAAAUAUCAACACUUUAGUUAUUUAUUAUUGAAAAAAAUUAUAAGAAUGUUAUUCAACUUACUUUUUAUAGUCAGAGAACAAGUUUAUUAAAAAUGUAUGUUGUUUGUCAAGUUUAUAAUUGUUAGCUUGUGUAACAGCUUCUAAUGCACUUUCAUGUUUUUCGUAUUCAAUGAAUAUGUAACUUAUGAUAAAAAAAAAUAAAAAUAGGAUUUCAUUAAGAUGUGUUCAAAAUUGGAAGUGAUGUGCUACUCACCCUAAAGUAUGACCGGUUUCAGAUUUUGGAUAAUAAUCGCUGGUGAUUUUUCCAUACUGAGCGAAAAUUUUUGUAACCACCAACUUGAGCUUGUCGAAACGAUCGGGGUUGACUUGAGGAACGCCAUCAACAAUAAUGACUGUGUCAACACCAUCAGAAACUUUCGGUUUCUUUAAUAGUAUGUCUCCAAGCAAUUCUAGAAAUGAAUUACGAUUUUGAAGAGUUGACUAUUGUACACAGUCAAUCAAUUAUAUUAAGUACCUUCGUCGCUUAUGUCGUCAACAACAAUAUUAUUGAUGUCUGUAUCAUCCUUAUUGUAUUUUCCUUUUUGUCCAUCUUCUUGCUUCUCUGCAUCUUUUUGCUUAGCCAUGGUGAAUAAAUGUUGUAAUGCGAAUUGUCUGAAAAACUGUGAAAAUGACAAAAACGGAAAAACGCUAAAGGUAAUGAAAUAUUAAUAAGAACGACAUGAAAGUCGAGAAGUUUAGAAAGACAACAUUGAAGACUUUUUAUAGGUUAUGUUUCUGAUUACGUGUGGAAAG